GCUAGGCAGACAGGAACAGAUAAAAAGCUGACUAGCUCCCCAGACAAACGCACCCUUCCGUUCGGUCGGUUCAGCUACUUGGAUCGUGGGAUAACUUCAGCACACGUCACAAAAUGGAACGGGAUUCUCGACGUGACCGUGGUGAAUGGCGGGGAUGCCACAACUUCGACAAGAUCAUCUGCGAUGGCGAUGUACCUACAAGUUCAGAACGUCGAGGAGGACUAAAGAUGGGCCAGAGAUAUUAUUACUAUUACGAACUGGACGGCUCAACAGAGGCUCACAAUCCCUCAUUGCCUACCACGACUGCCUGUCCCUUUCUUCCUGGUCAGACAGUAAACACACUCGACGUGCCUUUGGAGCGCCGCACAAGGAUGAAGAGUGCUUCUAUGAACUCUCUACGGAAUACGGAGUACAAGACGAUGGACCCUGUCGACAGGUUCACAACACCUCGGCCAGCACCAAUACCAAAUAGCCGGCGGGAGUUUCGCAUUGCAUCUGCCUCCUCUAUCUUACCUAAGCGCGCUACGCGUUCUGUCUCGCCUGCCCCAAGCUGGACUGGUACUGCGCGUCGGAUCCUUGGAUUCAAAUUACGAGAUAGGGAAGCGGAGCGUGGCCGAAAAUCGAACCUGGGCGAAACGGACGAUGUAUUUGUCGAAGUGAACGACCCAUUCGUUGUUGAGUCUCGAAGCGUCACGCCUUCCGGUAGCAUUCGAUCUCGAGAUAUGUCACCAGAGUCUCUGAGGAAGUUCUUGUCUGACGAUAUGCCCGCUGUCCAAGCAAAUGCCGAGUCAACGCCUGGCUUCUCGAUACCAGACGACAUUGAGGAGGAGAUUGAGGAGAAUGAUGAUGACGAUAACUUUGCGAACACCGCAGUAUCGGAAAACAAUUCGUUUACGAACCUUUCGCCCCCUCCUUUUCAAAUAGGGGGCUUAUCAGCACCACCAGCAAGUCACACAAGGAAUGCGAUUCAAACACUGACGCCCCCAGUUUUCAGCGUUGAAGGUAGCCUAUCCACUGCGCAGCGCUCAAAAUAUCCUACUAAAUUGGAGAUUCCACGGUCUCAUUCCACCCUUUCUGUGGCCUCAUCAAGUAUGGCGUCUGCGGCUUCAGCUCAAUCGAACAUUUCACAAAGCUUAAGUCAAUUCUCUUUCUUCGAUGAUUCGGACGAUGAAGAAGAUCUAGCAUCUUACGCGGGUGGCCCAACUUUGCUUGGUGACGCUGAACAAGAUGACGAGCAGAAACAAAAUGCUUCAGGGCUUCAAGCUCCUAUCACUAGCUACAGCCUUCCCCAGGCUGUUACAAAUAACAAAGAUUUACAUACGAAUAAUGUCUUACAACCCCUAGAGUCUCCAACUUUGGUUGCUCCUAACGACAGCGGCAUUCCUGUUGAUAUGAACAAUCCCUUCCAUCUUCCUGACGUUGACGUUGGGCUUGAUGACCUUGUUGGCGAUGCGGAUUGGAUGAAGGACGUCCUUCCCCAGAAGACACUCUAAUUGCCCAGGGCAGUCCUAUCAUUACAUCACGCACUAAUUUUCCGCGUCUGCCGUCGUCUAUCGGCGUUUCUCUCUCGUCUUAAUAACGGCCUGAUUUAUAUACUCACGAGCGAGAUCUACACACA